AUGCUCUGCCUCAUCUGCUCCAAACUGGACCUCAAACCCGAAGACUAUCUCGUCGAUGUCAACCAAACUAAGUUCAGCAACGACCGCAUCAAGACCAACGGUGUGACUCCAGAAAAGUUCGCAUCCUUUGCAUGGGCUACAGGGAUAUUCCGGUUACUCACCAAGAUUGUCAGGCUUGAGAUGGUAGAGAUGUACGACCGCCUUGACGACAACGGUAUCUCCCCCAACUGUCUGCAAACGAGCAUUGCUCCUCCUGUUGGAUGUCUCGUCUCCUUCACCUCUUCGCAUCCUGCUCAGCACGCACCCCCAUUCUUCAUUGAAUUACGCGGACACGACCCCCCGUUCAGCGCAUAUGGUCCGUUCUCCAAAUAG